UUUCUCUCCUCUUUGCCAUCCCAGUAUUAGUCCUCCAGUGUGGUCCUCCUCCCGUCUGGUGCUAUGGCGAAUGUUGUAGACACCAAACUAUACGACAUCCUUGGGGUGUCUCCUUCGGCCACGGAGAACGAGCUUAAGAAGGCAUAUCGCAAGUUGGCAAAAGAGUACCACCCCGAUAAGAAUCCUAAUGCAGGAGACAAGUUUAAGGAAAUCAGUUUUGCAUAUGAGGUGCUAACUAAUCCAGAGAAGAAGGAGCUGUAUGAUCGGUAUGGAGAGCAGGGCUUGCGUGAGGGUGGUGGUGGUGGAGCCGGAAUGGAGGACAUCUUCUCACAUAUCUUUGGUGGGGGUCUGUUUGGCUUCAUGGGUGGUCAGAGUAGCAGAAGCCGAAACGGAGGCCGACGGAGGGGGGAAGAUAUGGUGCAUCCACUGAAGGUGUCUUUAGAAGAUCUUUACAAUGGCAAAACUACUAAACUACAGAUCAGCAAGAACGUCCUCUGCAGUGCAUGCAAUGGCCAGGGGGGUAAAACGGGGGCAGUACAGAAGUGUGGCACGUGCAGAGGGAGAGGCAUGAGGAUCAUGAUUAGACAGCUGGCUCCUGGCAUGGUUCAGCAAAUGCAGACUGUGUGUAAUGACUGCAGUGGAGAGGGAGAGGUAAUAAGUGAGAGGGACCGCUGCAAGCAGUGUGAAGGCCGCAAGGUUAGUAAGGAAGUGAAAGUUCUGGAAGUGCAUGUGGAUAAGGGGAUGAAACAUGGCCAGAAGAUCACGUUCAGUGGUGAAGCAGACCAAUCACCCAACACCGAGCCUGGAGAUAUUAUACUGGUACUACAGGAGAAAGAACAUGAGGAGUUCCGCCGAGAUGGGAAUGAUCUACACAUGAGCCAGACGAUCGGCCUGGUGGAAGCAUUGUGCGGCUUCCAGCUCACUCUCACGCACCUUGAUGGCCGACACCUCCUCAUCAAAUACCCCGCUGGCAAAGUGAUAGAACCAGGUUCUGUUAGAAUUGUCCAUGGUGAGGGAAUGCCCCAGUACAGAAAUCCCUUUGAGAAAGGGGAUCUCUACAUCAAGUUUGAUGUGAGGUUUCCAGAUAACGGUUGGAUUUCCACAGAGAAACUUACGGAAUUGGAAGAUCUGUUACCAUCACGUGACGAGGUUCCUGUAAUCUCAGCUGAUACAGAAGAGGUUGAACUGCAGGAGUUUGACCUCAGUCAGGGGUCGUCUGGAAAUCAGCGACGUGAGGCCUACAAUGACAGCUCUGAUGAGGAAGGGGGUCCUCAUGGGCCGGGGGUGCAGUGCACCCACCAGUAGAUUCCCACACAUGUUCACAGCAGUGUUUCUCCUUUGGAAAACUCAGUUCCAUUGCAGCUGGACAAACUCUUAAAACACCCCACCCUAAUCAUUGAUUGCACUGUGUCAUGGACACAAGACAUUCACAUAUGCUAAGACUGAAGUUAAACUAAAUACACAAUCUUGCAUUCAGCACACAUCCAUAAUUUCAAAUUGAUGACAGAAAGCAUAGUUAUAGAAUAAAAAGUGAGAUUUUUUUAAUUUCAUUAUCAUUUGCAUUAUCAUUGUAUCUGUAUACAUGGUUACUGAAAAUGUAAACUUGAAGGUAAGGGGGAAGCCUACUUUCUGUAUAGGAUUUAAGUUAUAAUUGCCAUAAAUGCACAGAUGUGUACGCACUCAUACACACAGAGUUGUGAAGCAAUGACUGCUGUGUGUAUGAAUGGGGAUGGAGACUGAUAUUACUACUGUGUGUCCUGCGAUUCAAUAAAACAUAAUGUGUCUAA